AUGUCGGCUUCACUUGCACCUGAGUGUAAUGAAGUCAAGGAACGAUAUGAUUCGUGCUUCUUGAAAUGGUACAGCGAAAAAUACCUUCGAGGGAAAGGUACGACGGAUGAAUGCGAAGCUUUAUUCAAAGAUUACAGGAAAUGCUUAACGGGUGCUUUGAAAGAGCGUGGUAUCGAUAAAAUGCUUGAAGAGGCACGGGAGGAUCAUAAGGAAAGUGAUGCUGUGAAUUUGAGGCGACCUUCUACCAAUUUUUGA